GGCUUUUUUCUUUUUUUCUUUCUAUUUUUUCAACAAUUAAUUUGACGGGUUUUAGAAGAAAUUGAUGCUGAAAAAAUGAUAUGCAAUAAUGAAAAUAAUAAUGAAUUUAAUUAAACCUUUUAUGUUUAAAAUAAAUUUUAAUAAUUAUUUAAGAUAUUGAAUUAAUUUCAAAUAAUAGUGAAUUAUUAUCUGUUUCAAAAUAAAAGAAGAGCUAGUAUUUUUGGAAUAGUUUUUGAUAGGAACUAUAUAGAGUUAUGUGAUCUCCACAGUUUAAAAGAGGAGAUGAUACUGCAUCGAAUUGUUAAUAUUAGAUUUUCCUGACAAGUUUUCUCAAGAUCUCUCGCCAUGGUUGUUAAAAAAUUGAGGCUUUUUAAUAGGGUUAGAAGAUGGAUUUUUUGUCAAAAAUCAGAUAAAAAGUCAAUUUUUCGUAAGAAAUUUGCCGAAAAUACUUCGUAGAAUGUUCAUAACUUGUAAUUGGCUAAAUCUUUUAACAUGGAAUUAACAUACAUUAUUGAGCUUUAGUUAAUGAUUCUGAUGCACCGCUAAAAAUUAAAGUUCCAAAACUUUUACAUUACACACUGUUUUGUAUAUGAAAUUGAUUUUAUUUGAUAUCUGUUUCAAGACAAUUUUCAUUUUGUAUUGAUUCAUCUGUAAAAAUUUUAUAUAAAAUAUUAAUUAUUAGAGAUAAAUACUGAAAAAAGUACAAUUCUAUUUUAGAUUUGAUAUGGACAAAUAUCAAGAUUUAAAAGAUAUAUUAUCAGCAACAAAUUUUACAAACGAUUGGGAUCGUUAUACAUUAGUCGUCAAAUAUAUUAUGAAAACAAUUAAAGGUCUUCGAGUAAUUGAUGAACAAGAAGUAGGGCAUUAA